ACCUGGCUGGGUUUGUGAUGACAACUUGUGAGUGUGUCUGUUGGCAGGUGAAGGAGCUGGUUCUUGAUAACUGCCGUUCGGACGAUGGGAAGAUCGUUGGGCUCUCCUCGGAUUUUGAGAACCUGGAGUUCCUCAGCAUGAUCAACAUCAACUUGCUGUCUGUCUCCAGUCUCCCCAAGCUUAACAAACUUCGCAAGCUGGAGCUGAGUGAUAACAGAAUUUCUGGUGGCCUUGAAGUCCUAGCAGAGAGAACUCCUAACCUGACACACUUGAAUCUAAGUGGCAACAAGAUCAAAGACAUCAAUACCCUGGAGCCCUUGAAAAAGUUGCCGAACCUGCGUAGUCUGGACCUCUUCAACUGUGAGGUGACAAUGCUGAUCAACUACCGGGAGAGCGUGUUCACCCUCCUGCCCCAGCUCACCUACCUGGAUGGGUUUGAUGCUGAUGACCAGGAAGCCCCUGAUUCGGACCCUGAAGCAGAUGGGGAUGCACUGGAAGAUGAAUAUGAGAAUGGGGAAGAAGGUGAGGAAGAAGAUGAUGACGAUGAGGAAGAUGACUUGGAUGAAGAAGUCAUUGAUGAUGAGGAAGAUGAAGAUGAUGAUCUGGAAGGGGAAGAGGAAGAGGAUGGAGUAGAUGAUGAGGAGGAAGAUGAAGAGGAAGAUGGUGAGGAGGAUGAAGAGGAUGAAGCUGAUGAUGACCUUCCACGAGGAGAAAAGAGAAAACGAAAUCUAGAGGAUGAAGGAGAGGAAGAUCCAGAAGACGAAGAGGAUGAUGAGGAUGACUGAUCCCAGCGAGCCAAUCAGUUUUACAGACUAUGACUGUGCUUGUCUUAACCUCCCCAUUGUGUCUAUGUGAGACUGUAAAUCCCUGUCUCCCAGUCCUCCCCUCUUUGUAUGGCUGCAGCGUCCACAAUAUAUUUUUUUAAGAUGUAGAAUACCGUAGGCAUUCAGGGGAAUCUUCCUUACAAGGCUCACUUUCUCACAAGUAUCUCAUGACCAAAGGCUUUCUCCGUUCUGUGGUUUGUGCAGCAGUUUGCAAAAAAAAAAAAAAAAAAAAAAAAAAAACUUAAAAAAAAAAAAAACAAAAACCUCCUAGGGUAUCUUUCGUGUCCGAAAUCAGCCUUGCCACACACUGGACCCAGAGCUCCAGCUUGCCACCCUGCUUGACAACCAGGAAGGUGUGUUUGCUAUCCGCAUGCCCUCAAACCAGCUCUCGGAAGACGUUUGAGCCAUCUUGAGCAGUGGGUGCAAAUCUGGUUCAUCUAAAUGGACUUAAAGUAAACGAUUACUGAGGUCUCUCUGAUCAGAAAUAAUGGUGAUGUGAUCUCUGGAGAUGCUUGAAGAUACUUUAGUGCUGGGGAUGCGGGGUGCCGGGGUUUAUUGGGGGGUGAUUGGCUGCUUGCAAGACCUGGUACCUCUGAUGCACCUUGCAGUAGCCCUGUACUUGCUUUCCUAUUUUUUUUUUUUAUAAACUGGAAUAUUUUUUUCCUGUUG